UGGUAUUUAAAAAACAGGAAGAAUUCUAUCUACUUCCGCCUCUAUAAAAGAUCCGGUCGAUUUUUUUUGUUUUCAGGGCCUCUUCUUCAUUCGUUCGAUGAAAGUCGAAGACCUGAUCCUUUCCCGUUUUGUUAAUUAUUGACCUUAAAUAAAUAUUAUAAUCUGGUCGCAUUGAAAAGUCAUUUUAUAACAGCCGGCAUGUCAUUUAAAAAAAAAUCGUUUAAAGGUCUUCACGAGAAACAAAGUGAGGCGAACAGCGGAGAAGGAAGUGAUUCCGGAAUAAAUUAAGGAUAGGAAGAAAUAAGUCCAGUUUACCGGUGGAAAUGUUUCACUUAGCCUUGUGCCCUGUUGCUUUAAAAGCUUACAAAAAUAGCGAAACGGUCCAGUUACAAUCACGGACCGAAAAUCAUGAAGUCUAUAUUGCUACUAGCCUGCGCGGGUCUCGCCUUAGCCAAAGUUCAAACAUCAUGGAAGAGCUGCAUGGGGGAGAAAGAUACUGAAAAAUGCCUCAGCGGGGCGAUCGAGGAGGCGAUAAAAUCACUUAAACACGGGAACCAAAUGCUCGGAGUGAUGCCGCUGGAUCCUUUUGUCUUCAAAAUGAUCAACAUCGAGCAGGGCAAAGGUCCGGUCAUGAUCAACCUCAAGUUCAAGAACUUCGAACUUCACGGUUUCGGCGACCCGAACGUCGACAAAGUCAGAUUCGACCCUGAAAAAGGACUUUUACAGUUCAGGAUGAACACGACGAAAGACCUGGUGGCUAAGGGUGAAUACUCGGCCAACGGGAAAAUCCUCAUCCUCCCCGUAGUCGGCGAGGGGAAUUGCUCGUUGACUUUCGAAAAUCUAAGCACGAUGAACAUGCUGAAGACGAGGAAGGUGAAAAACGACGACGACGAAGACAAGCAUCUGGUCGUCGACGACUACACAAUCAAUUUCACGACGUCAAAGCUCAAGAUGAACUUCGGAGGGAUGUUCCACGGUGAUAAAAGAAUGGGUAAACACAUGAACGAAUUCCUGAAUGAAAACUGGGAAGUCAUCCUGUCCGAGCUUAAACCGGCAAUUUCAAAAGCUUUCGGGAUGAACUUCAAGGAGGUGGCGAACAGAAUCUUCAGCAAGAUCGAAGUCGAUGGGAUGACUAACUGAAACCGUAAACCGGAACAAACCUAUGCCCCUAAGACUGAGAUAUUUAUAUUUAUUAUUUAAUUUAUUUGUUCUUAU